AUGGGGAGCGCAGCGCUGCUCUCGCACCUGCAGCUCGGCUCCCUCUGCCGCUUGGGAUCAGACACGCGGGGGUGUUGCCCUCCCAUGGCGCGGAGGGUCUCCUCAUCGACAUCGCGUGGCCUCGUUCUCUUCCCGAGGCGGCAGGCCCGGAAGUUUCGCAGAUUCGCGGUCGAGGAAGGGCUGGAAGAGCAGCCGCAGUCGCUCCUGCCGCAGGAGCAGCAGCAGCAGGGCGGUGUCGGGGCUGCCGUCGAAGAAAAGCCCAGUAAGUUCGCUGAUCUUUUUUUUCAUUCUCCCUCCUGAAUUUCCCUCGUUUCAUCGACGUUUUUCAGGAUAAGCUUCGUCGCAGCUUCAGUUUUUUUUUUUUUGUUGAUUAUUAGCGUCUCAUAUGGUCUGAAGGCGUUGAUUUCAGUAUCCCCGCCUCGGAUUGGUGAUGUUCACCAUCUGGACAUCCCGGCUAUGUGAAUCCUUCGGGAUGGGUUCAGUCCGUCUCUGAUGCAACGACGCAUAAUUCUUUUCAGUAGAACUAUCAGGAUAUCGUUCUGUGCCAUCACAUUCAUUAACGAAAAACAAGACCUCGUAUAAACAAAUCUAGGGCCAGAAUUUCCCAGAAAUCAACACCGCGGCAGCGUGGGAAAUGGAAUUUUAGAACCCUAAUCCACUGAGGUUUUGAGCAUGCCAUCAAAGGCUUCCAAGUAUACUUGUCCAAGCAUGUUAUAACAUGCUUAAUUUUCAAAUAUUGUAAAAAGGAGUGUUGUUAGCCUUUUGCUUGGCUGAUAUAAUGAUGAAUUCGAGUUAGCUUGUCCAUGCUUCAACUAUUUCUCCCCUGCAGGCUCAUCGAAUUUCUUCCAAGAUGGUGCAACAAAUGUGGAGAGGAACGGCGAAGAAAGUGGGAUCUAUAACUUCCUUUAUCCUAGUAAAGAGCUUCUUCCAGACGACAAGGAGAUGAGUCUUUUUGACCAUCUGGAGGAGCUUCGUCAGAGAAUCUUCGUCUCAGUCUUGGGUGUUGGGGCCGCUAUCCUGGGUUGCUUUGCAUUCUCCAAAGAGCUGGUUCUGAUCCUCGAGGCUCCAGUCAGCGCCCAAGGAGUUCGAUUCUUGCAGUUAUCUCCCGGGGAAUUCUUCUUCACCACCCUGAAGGUGGCGACCUUACUUAGUUCAUCUUUCCUUCUCCUGCUUUGCCCCAAUUCUGGAUACUGGUGUGGAAAUUCAGACACUACACAACAUGGUUAAGGAAAAGCUCCUCAUUGGACAUGGGUCUGGUCAGGCCAGAGUUCAUCCACUGGCCCUUCUUCUCGUCGAGGCUUGAGAUCAUUGCAGCUGUUCAUCAGAGGAGUUCAAAACUUGGUGGCCCUGAUCAUCAGACCUUCUACUUUGAGUCGAAUCACAGUGACUGUGAAAGGGUCUCAUUGUUGUUGCCCAGCUAUCUAAAUUUCUGGGCCUAUCUCCAGUGUAUUAAAUUUCUUUUAUCCUUUUGUGUACAGGUGUCAGGGUACUGCGGUAUUCUUCUGGGAAGCCCGAUCAUCCUGUAUGAGCUGAUCGCCUUUGUUCUGCCCGGUCUAACAGUGUCAGAGAGAAGAUUCUUGGGGCCUAUCGUCUUUGGUUCUUCUGUUCUCUUCUAUGCUGGUGUUGCCUUCUCUUACGCAGUCCUCACUCCAGCAGCUCUAAACUUCUUUGUGUCCUAUGCGGAAGGGGCGGUGGAGUCGUUGUGGUCAAUUGAUCAGUACUUUGAGUUUGUGCUGGUUCUCAUGUUCAGCACGGGCCUCUCUUUCCAGGUCAACUCUCGAACAGAUCCCUCUCUCUCUCACUAAGCCUAGUAUUUGAUCCACUCGACUUAUCUCCAGUUGGUUUCUUUCUUGUAAUUAUUAUUUUUUUCCUAAUAAAAAUGACCGUAUGAGAUCGACUCAGUUCAUUUCCAAUAGCCUUCUUCUUUGUAAUUUCUUUUAUCUGGCUGCUUGAUUUAUUUCCGUCCUGCUUCUUCCUGGUAAAUGUUGCUUUCUGAGGAUGAAACUGAACAUCGGCUCAAUUCAUUUCGAAUCUCACUCUUUGUUGUAAUUCUUGCAGUUUUGAUGAAUAAAAUCAGUUGAUUCGAUUGACCCGAUUUAUUAUUUUAUUUAAUUACAUUCGUUGUUUUAAUCAUUCGUUUUUUGAUGAAUAAAAUUGAAGGUAAUCAAUUGACCCAAUUUAUUUUUAAUCGCCUCUGAUGUUGUAAUUAUUCCAAUCCAAUCGACCUGAUUUUCGUCCAAUCUCAUCAUUUGUGCUAAUUAUUGCUAUUUUUGGUUAGAACCGAACGUAUUUGGUUGACCUCGUUAGUUCCCAAUAUCAUUCUUUGGUGUAGUUAUUACUGUUCUGGGGAUGAAAUUGGUCAAACCUUUGUCAGCAAGGUUAAGAAGAUGACCGCGCUCUCUAAUUCUCUUACUCUCCAACUCUCUUUGUGCUGAUUCUCGAGGAUUGGGUUGACUGCAGGUGCCGGUCAUACAGCUCAUACUGGGACAGGUCGGCCUGGUGACCGGAGAUCAGAUGCUGUCCAUUUGGAGAUAUGUUGUGGUGGGGGCCGUCGUGGCGGCGGCGGUGCUCACGCCGUCAACCGACCCGUUGACCCAGGUGCUGCUGGCGGGGCCGCUCAUGGGCCUCUACCUUGGCGGCGCUUGGAUAGUCAAGCUGACCGGCCGAUGA